AUGUCUCCUCGAGAGGCCACACAAACCGAUCCAAUGCAACGUCUUGCUCUGAUCACUGCAUACGAGGCACUUGAAAUGGCCGGUUUAGUCCCUAACCGUACACCUUCUACCAAGAUAGAUCGCAUUGGCACAUUUUAUGGACAGACAAGUGACGACUGGCGUGAGAUAAACGCGGCUCAAGAAAUUGAUACCUAUUUUAUUACAGGCGGGGUUAGGGCGUUCGGUCCGGGUCGCAUCAACUACCACUUUGGCUUCAGCGGUCCAAGCUUCAGCGUUGACACCGCGUGUUCAUCGAGCAUGGCCGCUAUUCAUGCGGCAUGCAAUGCACUCUGGCUGCAUGAUUGUGAUACGGCCAUUACAGGAGGUCUAAAUGUUAUGACAAAUCCUGAUAUCUUUUCUGGUCUAAGUAAGGGUCAAUUUUUAUCAAAGACUGGGUCGUGCCAAACUUUCGACAAUGAUGCAGACGGAUAUUGCCGUGGAGAUGCAGUCGCAACCAUAAUAUUAAAAAGACUCGCAGACGCUGAGGCCGAUCACGAUAAUAUUUUAGGAAUCAUUCGAUCUGUCGCAACAAAUCAUUCAUCUGAUGCUAUUUCAAUCACACAUCCUCAUGGGGCUACGCAAGAGAAUCUUUAUCGUCGGGUUCUGUCACAGGCCGGCGUAAAAUCGCAAGAUAUAUCCUAUGUCGAAAUGCACGGAACCGGUACGCAAGCAGGCGACAAUACAGAGAUUUCAUCUGUAACUGGUGUUUUUGCGCCCCCAGGUUCUCGGUCUAAGGAGCAGAAGCUCUACAUUGGAUCUGUUAAAGCAAAUGUCGGUCAUGGGGAAGCAUCAUCAGGAGUCACUGCAUUGAUCAAGACUCUUCUGAUGAUGUGUCACAAUUCAAUCCCACCUCAUUCUGGCAUCAAAAAAGGAUUGAAUAAAGGGUUCCCUGACCUUGCUGAGAGAAAUAUUCAUAUUGCCAAGGAGCCAAUCCCCUGGAAGUGCACGUCGUCAAAAGGUCGAAAAGUAUUUGUGAAUAAUUUCAGUGCUGCAGGUGGUAACACUGCCAUGGUCAUCACAGAUGGAAAGGCCAGGUCUCUUAGAGGCAUUGACCCUCGAACCACCCAAGUCGUCGCGAUAUCGGCUCGUGCUUUAUCUUCCCUCAAGACCAACCUAAAAAACCUACUCGAUUAUUUGAUUACACACCCAAACGUGUCUCUUCCAAAUCUGUCAUACACAACGACAUCACGGAGAAUGGUUCACAACUACCGAUUUUCCGUUGCAGCAUUGAAUAUCGAUCAGGUCAAAAGUGUCCUGAUGCGGGCAAUAUCGUCAGAUAUUCUGCCAGUCCCGCAGGCGCCCAUAGUUGUACUGACCAUUACCGGACAAGGCAAGAUGUACCCUUUUGUGGGAUCGGACCUUUUCCGAACAAACAAGGUGUACAGGGCUAGCUUGAUCGAGUUCAACUCGAUUUGUAUCACCUAUGGGUUCCCGAGUAUUCAGAACUUUGUUAAUGGAAGCGAUGACCGACCAGUCACAGAGCAUUCUCCGGUGCUUCUUCAAGUGGCACAGCUUUCGAUUCAAAUGGCCCUGAUCCGCCUUUGGAGCUCACUUGGAAUCGUACCAGACGUUGUGAUUGGUCACAGCCUCGGUGAAUAUGCUGCGCUUUUUGCUUCUGGCGUUAUAUCAGCCGCCGAUGCGAUCUAUCUUGUGGGAUCCCGAGCCAAAUUAAUGGAGAUAAACUGUACGAUUGGAACCCACGCCAUGCUUGCCAUUCAAGGGGAAUAUUCGUCUCCAGAUCAAAUGAAUUUACAUCAAUCUGAUCUUGCAUGUAUAAACAGCGCCAAGGAGUUUGUUUUGAGUGCCCCAACUACUGAGGUUGAAACGUUGAAACACCGAUUUGAAAGUCUCUGCUAUAGAGCGACAUCCUUAACUGUGCCCUACGCAUUCCACAGUUCACAAGUCGAUGCGAUACUGGCACCCUUUAGGUAA